AUGGAGUGUUGUAUACAUUCUGAAAAAGGAAGUGAUCCAAACGAUAAAAUUAUUCAAGUUAGUGCGAAAUCUGGCGACACUAUUCUGUAUUAUGCCCAAGAGUGGAUCAAAACACGAGAUGAAUAUGGACGAUCAUAUGCUGUUAUUGCGUCUAAACUGGUUAAUGAACUUGUGGGGGAUGACCAAGUAUUUCCUGCAUCAUGUGGUUACCACCGAAAGUGUUACCAGCUUUUUACAAAUAAGAAAAAUCUAGAAUCGUCAAGGAAGAGGAGUAUUCAGUCUUCGGAUGAUGAAAAUAAUCGAAGCAUUCCCAGGUAUAUUUUACCAGUUACCACUGAAUUUUAAACUUUUAAUGAAUAUUAAAGUUAUAGUGAAUAUUAAACAAUAAUUCGGCAUCUUUAUGGUUCUAUAAAGGCCUUAAAAUCCAUCAAAUUGUUUACUGUUUAUUUUUGUCAGGAGAUAUAAAACUAUGUAUAAAAUCAAUGUCCUUGUGUUUCUCUGUGUUUUACCCGUAAGCCAUUUUUCGAAAAUGUGUGCUAUCAACUCCCUCCCCCAUCAUCGAUGGUCCUUUUUGUCUAAAAUACAUGCAAAAACAGGGCCCGCGGAGCGUAUUAGAGAGUGGGGGGGCUCAUAGGCGUACGGGGCCGCUAAAUUCUGGGGGGGCGGUAGCUUUUUUGCCCAAACAAUUCCACAUUGCCCAAAAAAUGUCAAAAUUUUCCGGACAACCAAUAUUUUUCGGAACAUAACACAAAUUUUCCAAAAAUCACAAAAUUUGCCAAAAAAUUUACUUAAUUUUAGACAAAAUUGACAGAAUUUGUCCCAUUUUUUUUAAUUGCAAACCAAAAUUGCCCAAAAAUUUGCCCAAUCUGCCCAAAAAACUGGGAUAUUGCCCAACUGCCCAAAAAAUUGCCCAACUGCCCAAAAAACGCCCCCCCCCCCCGCCCCGUACGCCUAUGGGGGGGCUAAAGGGUGAGGUUUAAUUAAUUUAGAAAGUUUCAUUUACAUUUCUAUUUUAAUAAUUUUGGCUGUCAAAAAAAGUAGGGGGGCUAAAGCCCCCCCAGCCCCCCCGUCUCCGCGGUCCCUGAAAAAAUGAAGAGCAGGACUUUCUCUAGCUUUAGGGUUAGGCUUUUGGUUGUUCAUACAUCAACGAAGCACAUGAAUAGCUUAGUUCAGAAGAGUGCUUUAAUAUUUCCUUAACCAAACAUUGCAGGCAGCUUAGUUUAGUGUAUUCCUCUGCUUGUAUCUGUCACUACUGAAAAUGUUGUAGUUAAUAGUUAGUAGUUAAUCAUAAUAAUAGCAAUAUUAGUGAUAAUAGUAAUUAGUAUAAACAAUGUCAUGAUUUUUUUGCAAUGAUUUAAUGUAGUGGGCAAGCUGAAAAAUCUGCUUGCCCGCAGUUGGAAUUGAACCCGUGACCCACACUGGGCAAGCUGAGGAAUCUGCUUGACCGUGGUUGGAAUCGAACCGCGGUUGGAGUCGAACCCGUGUUUGGAAUCGAACCUGCGACCUUGUUCAUGGGUUUGAUUCCAACCGCGGUCAAGCAGAUUUUUAUCAUCAUCUAGGAUUGGCUCUAUAAUUUUAUGACUGAGUAUUAACAUUGAUCAUAGUGCAAAUCAUAAAACGUUCAGUCUGUUUAGGUGGGAAAUAAAUGCAGGACACCAAAGCAUUGAAGUUCAAAAAUACAAAAAUUAUUUGGUUGGGGAUACCCAAACCCUCGUAUCAGUUCACAGUUUCCAUGUUCACCACUCCUGCUGAGUUCUCUUUUCCUUGAUGUCCCCUCCCACACCCUACUUCCGAAUUCUUAAUAAGGUCCCGGUGUUUCAGAAAAAAGACAAGACAAAGUCAAGGUACCGUGAGCCAUAUUGUUAAAGCAACAGUGACAUUGUUUGGGAAAAAAUGCAUUAUCUGUCAAAAGGAAAAAUACAAGAAAGAUAGUUCAACAGGUAUUAUUGAAACUAAGAAAGUAUUGUUGUUUACUUCGUUUGUCUAAUAGAUAGAAUAAACAAUAUUUGAAUUGCAUUUCUGACUGUACUUUUUUCACCUAUAUACAUUAUAUAUUUUGUUCCUGAUUAAACAAUGUUAUUUCUGUCAUAUGCACUGACCUAAUAGUAUAUUUGAUAUGAUCAAUAGUUAUUUUUGUCUUAGGGGCGUAUAAGCCUGAGCCGUUGACUAAGUGUAUGUCACCAAGCGCAGAAAAUGCUAUCAAGUUUGCUGCUCGGAAGAAGCAGGAUGAGAAAGUUCUGUUUAUUGUUAAAGGGGAAGAUUUAAAAGCAAAGGAAGCUCAAUAUCACCACUCCUGCUUUAGAACGUUCACAUAUAUUCCAGUAGAACACGAUAUGUCAACUGAUGAUGCUUAUUCGAAAUUCUGUAGUGAAAUCAUUCAAGACCGUAUUAUUAAGGGGGGUGAAGUAAUAAAGAUCUCGAAAUUGGCAGAAAUUUACAGCAGCUAUUUGCAGCCAGAUGCAGAUGCACCGUAUUUUUCAAAUUGGAACUUGAAGCGGAAGUUGAAGAAAACAUUCCCGUCUUUGAUAUAUAUCAAAGUCAAAGACAUUGCCAACUGUGAGUUGGUUUGCAGUCGCGAACAAAAUACUAUGUUUGUGGCCCAUGCAUCGACAGAGGAAUCUAGUGACGAAGAUGAAGUGCGCACCAUGGGGAAUUUAGAACACAAUGAUCAGCGAGAAUUAUUCAUCUCGUCCCAAAUUGUGAAGAGAGCCAUUGAAAUGUCUCCACGAUUAAAUGUUCCAAACCCCCCGUUGGCCUCCGAUCUCACGGGAGACGCUGCAGAAAAAAUCGUGCCAAUUGAACUGUUUAAUUUCCUGGCUUGGAUAACUGGUGCAUGCGGUGAACCAGUUUCCGCUAGUGAGAAAAAAUUCGUAGAGCUUGACAACGACAGUGAUCGUCAGAAGAUAUUGUCCAUCUGUCAAGACAUUAUCUUUCUCAAGUCCAAAGGAAGAAGAAUCGUACCCAAGCAUCUUAUUCUUGGCCUCACCAUUCGACAUGUUACUGGCAGUUCGAAAUUAAUUGACAUUGUAUCAGGACUGGGGCACUGUAUGUCUACCAAGGCAGUCAUCGAUUAUGACUCAGAUCUUGCCAGAUACCGUGCACAGCAAAGCAGUGUUAUACCACGCGGGUUCAGUAAGUCAUUUACCACAUGUGUAUUUGACAACAAUGACAUAAACGAAGAAACACUAAGUGGUAAAGGAACAACACAUUGCACCACUGGUAUAGUUAUACAACGAAUGUCUGAAGGUUCUGUAGUGGAUGAUGAAAAUCGUCAGGCAAUUUCCAAGUCAAGGGGGAAACGAGUGGAGGUAUCGAGUACAGAAAUACAGCCAAUCUUCUUGAAGAAAAAGAGUCCGUCUGCAACAUUUGAAGUUACUGCCAUAGACGAAAGUAGUGGUGAUAGAUAUGAUAACAUUUGCUACGUUCUAGCAAAAUUUCGCUGUGAAGAAGAAGAAGAAGAACCUUUACCAUCAUGGAGUGGAUUUUUUACACAGCUCACGACACUGGUUCCUGAUAAGAGUCGGAUUGGCUAUCUUCCUAUUAUUGAUGGCAGUCCUACAGAUCUUGGUGUCGUUAACGCUGUUCUUUCACAAAGCAUAGACAUAGCAGACAAACUGAACCAAAAUUCCAUUGUUGUUGUCAUGGAUGAAGCCGUAUAUGCUAAAGCUCAGUUGAUCCGUUGGACCGAUGAUGUGUUUCAGAAUCGAUUAGUUCUACGACUUGGUGAAUUCCAUGUCAUAAUGUGCUUUCUGGGUGUGAUUGGCAAACGAUUUCAAGAUGGUGGUUUACGUGACAUCCUCAUUGAAAGCAAUAUCGUCGCAGAAGGAUCUAUAAAUGGUGUUUUGUCAGGAAAACACUACAACCGUAGUAUAAGAUCAAUGAAAAUCGUCUAUGAGGCAAUAUAUCGUCUCGUUAUCACCGCAUUUUUAGAUUUCAUGUCCGAUGAUGAGAGAAAUUCAUUGGAAUAUGUAGUACAUGAUCUGAAGGCAGCUUUUAGUAAUGGAACUUUUACUGAAGUUGCAGAGAGUGAAGAUGUCCGAAAUUUCCUGAGAAAACUAAAUGAAUUUACAAGUGAAAAGGGAAAGUCAAGUCCGACCUUUGCAUAUUGGUUGAGUUUCCUUGAAAUGGUAGAUAUACUAUUGGAAUUCGUAAGGGCAACUAGGUUAGUAGACUAUAACACUUAUUAUGCUUUAUUUUAUGGGUUUUUGUGAUUAAUGCGACCUUUUUUAAUAGUUCGAGUUCUCAAAGGUAUACGCUGUGUAAUGUGUAAUUUAAUUAUAAACAGAUAAAAAUUACUUCUGUUUCUAUUUCCAGAGCGGGUGAUUGGUUUCUGCACCUCAGCUCGGUUCGACGCAUGCUACCCUGGAUUUUUGCGUAUGACCGCGUGCACUAUUCUCGUUACCUACCCGUAUACUGGUUAGAAAUGCUGAACUUACCAACCAGUAAUCCAGAUAUUCAUGAGCAAAUGAUAGCUGGAAAUUUUGCAACCCAACGUACAUCACAGCCAUUCAGCCAGACUCCAAUGGACCAAACUCUCGAGCAGACGCUGAAUAAGAAUUCCAAAACUAAAGGUGGUAUGAUUGGAUUCUCAAUUAACAAAUCUGCUGUCCAUCGAUGGAUUAAAAGUUUUGCUGAUAGAGCAGAGAUUCAAUCUAUAUGUGAGAGUAUGGCUGGUCGUGGUAAUCAUACACGUCAAAGGAAAGAAAUGGAUAUCACUCGGAGAUUACAUGAUGAGAAGUCGGUGAAAAGUGUGAUCAGUACCAUAGAGGCAAUGACAAAUCCUGUUUCCAUAGAGGAUGACGAGUUGGUCAACAUUGUCUCUGGCGCCGUUGCGUCACCGGAGGUCAAAGAAGAUAUUGCACGAGCCAAAACUGCUGGAGAGGAACAAUGCUCUGAGUACAUUGAUCUACGCCUAAAGAAAAAGGAACUGGAGGUUUUUGAUGUAAUCACAGCACUGAAACUCAAAACGUUUUCAUCAACCACUAAGACCACUAAGGCAAAAUCGGAAAAUACAGUGUUACAAACUACAGCAAGAGAUCUUGCCCGAGUUCUGAUAGUCGCCAAGUCUAAUAACUUGGACUUAAAUUACGUACUGUCUUUCCCUCUGUGCCCAGUGCCAUUGUCGCUUGCCAACUAUGACGGGACGUUAGCUAAGACUGACAAGUCUGCCAUAGGCCGUUUCCUGGAGAAGAAUGUUGAAGACGUAACGAAUUUGAAUGGUUCCACUGCUUGGAUUAUUGAUGCCAUGGCUCUAAUUCAACGUCUGAAGGACAUUCCCAUCACAUUCGAUGCAUUGUCUGUGAAAGUCUUGAAGAGUGUGAUAGCUACAGCUACUCAACAUCGUUGCACCAGAGUUGACUUCGUUGCUGACCGAUACCCCGAUUUGAGCAUUAAGAAUGCUGAGAGAGAGAGGCGAAAAGGAAAAGGAGCUUCUGUUAUCCGUUUAAAAGUUGACCAUGGUUCAAAGAAGACCCCAAAGCAAUUCAAGAAAUUCCUCUCGGUGGGAAAAAAUAAGGAAAGCUUAAUAGAGUUUUUCUUUGACCAUUGGAAGACAAUCGAUCCAAGUUUUCUUCAAGAGGUUGAGUUAUACUUCGCACAAGGCUGUCAGUGUCACAAGUUCAAGGCGUCAGCGACGAACUUGACUGUGGAGUCAGUAGAUGUCUUAUUCUCUGACCACGAGGAAGCUGACACUAGGAUGGGAUUGCACGCUUUGCAUGCCUUUCAACAACAUGAAGAAGUUACGAUCCAGUCUGAUGACACAGAUGUACUCAUCAUUUGCAUCGGCCUCAAUAAACUACUUUCUGGAAAACUGUAUAUUCAGCGCGGUAAUUUGGCAAACUUGAGAACUAUCAACAUUGAAUCGGUAGUCAGUAUUUUACCAGAUGGAGUGGCGGAAGCUUUGCUGGGUUUACACCCAUUCACUGGCUGCGACAGCGUCAGCUGCUGGAAAGGAAAGGGGAAAGUGACUCCAUACGAACUUAUGAUCACCAACCCGUCAUACAUCUCCGCCUUUACCACCCUUGGGCAAGAAUGGUCUAUUUCCAAUGUUCCAAUGGAUGUUCUGGAGCAGUUUCUCUGCCAGCUGUACAACCGUCAGAGUAUUCUACCUUCGUUGCUGGAUGUUCGACUUAGAAUUUUCAUGAAAAAGUUCUGUUUGGACUCCAAGCUCCCCCUCCAUCAUGGAUGA